GGCUUUAUUUGACUUCCCAUGCCUUGUCUCCUCCCAGCGCAGUGAAGCUGCUAGAUAGAUUAAUCAAAUCAGAUUCCAUUUCACAAACCAAACAAAAGUCAGCCUCUCUGCAGAUAACAGAGCUCCAAUGAGGUUGUAGAUAUAUAUAUAUAUAGAGAGAGAGAGACGGUUUGGGGUCGUGGUGAAGAAAACAUGGCACUCCCAUCUCAGAUUCAAAACGGUGACACAGCACUCGAUUCAGGCCAUGCUCGCCUCCACCAGCUCGGCUACAAACAAGAACUCAAGCGCGAUCUCUCGUUUCUAUCAAACUUUGCAUUUUCGUUUUCAAUCAUCUCUGUACUUACCGGUAUAACCACACUGUACAAUACUGGUCUUAAUUAUGGAGGCCCUGUUGUACUGGUUUAUGGGUGGCUCAUUGCUGGUGUCUUCACCAUGUUUGUUGGUUUGUCCAUGGCUGAGAUAUGUUCUUCUUACCCAACUUCUGGGGGGCUUUACUAUUGGAGUGCCAAGCUUGCCGGCCCAAAAUGGGCACCUUUUGCCUCAUGGAUCACUGGCUGGUUCAACAUUGUUGGUCAGUGGGCUGUUACAACAAGUAUAGAUUUCUCGCUUGCACAGCUGAUUCAGGUGAUUAUUCUCCUUAGCACAGGUGGGAAAAAUGGCGGUGGAUAUGAGGCCUCUAAAUAUGUAGUUAUUGUCAUACAUGGUGGAAUUUUGCUCCUACAUGCUUUCAUAAACAGUCUUCCUAUCUCUUGGAUGUCCUUAUUUGGGCAGCUAGCAGCUGGCUGGAAUCUUGUAGGUGUUUUUGUUCUUAUGAUUCUUGUUCCCGUGGUUGCGAAAGAAAAGGCUAGCGCCAAGUUUGUCUUCACUUUUUUCAACACGGAUAAUAGUGAUGGAAUCAGCAGUAAAGUCUAUAUAUUUGUCCUGGGACUCCUAAUGAGCCAGUAUACCUUAACUGGGUAUGAUGCAUCUGCUCAUAUGACAGAGGAAACAAAAAAUGCUGAUAGGAAUGGACCAAAGGGAAUAAUUAGUGCCAUUGGAAUAUCUGUAGUUGUUGGAUGGGGUUACCUGCUAGGUAUCACCUUUGCAGUGACCAACAUCCCAUACCUUUUGAGUGAGGACAAUGAUGCUGGUGGUUAUGCUAUUGCUGAAAUAUUUUACCUAGCAUUCAAGAGUAGAUAUCACAGUGGUACCGGGGGUAUUAUUUGCUUGGGGGUGGUUGCUGUUGCCAUAUUUUUCUGUGGUAUGAGCUCAAUUACCAGUAACUCAAGGAUGGUUUAUGCGUUUUCGAGAGAUGGAGCCAUGCCACUGUCACCAGUUUGGCAUAAAGUAAACAAACACGAAGUCCCCUUAAAUGCAGUCUGGCUCUCUGCUUUUAUAGCAUUUUGCAUGGCUCUUACGUCUCUUGGAAGCUUAGUGGCAUUUCAAGCCAUGGUAUCAAUAGCAACAAUCGGACUCUACAUUGCUUAUGCUUUUCCCAUCUUCUUUAGGGUGACUCUAGCUCGCAAGUCUUUCAUUCCGGGGCCUUUCAACUUGGGCCGCUUUGGGAUUCUUGUUGGUUAGAUUGCAGUUCUUUGGGUUGCAACCAUAUCGGUGCUUUUCUCCUUACCAGUGGCCUACCCUAUUACCGAACAGACUCUUAAUUAUACUCCAGUUGCAGUCGGAGGCCUACUCAUUCUCACCAUUUCUUCUUGGAUCUUGAGUGCUCGACACUGGUUUAAGGGUCCCAUCACCAACAUAGAAAGCUAAGUGAUUCUACAUCAAACCUGUGAAGCCUUGAUUCAAACUUUGGAUAUAACAUCAUCCAAAAGUGGGGAACUCUUUUUCCACCCAUCGGACUCCCAAAGCUUGAAGCUGACAUUGCAUGUAAGAAAGUGUAAGGUUCAAUGUGUCACAUAUGAAACUACAAGGUGAAGUGAAACUUGGUCCAAACUAUAAGAGUAUAGAAUGUAAAUUUACCAUUUACUCUUCUUUUUUUAUUUUAUUUUAGUCAACAUAAAAUCUUAUUUCACAAUGUACUGUUGUAAUAAAUUAGUCCAAUUUCCCAUUAAUGAAGUUAGAAGUUACUUUAUGCUGUUAACAUAGGUA